GAUUCUACAUGAAUACCUUCUCAUUAAUUUCCCCCAUGGUCCGAUUUCCCCGCCUAGAAACGCACGCAGCAGCCUCCAUGCUCUCCUGAUCGCCUACUACCGGAUUUCACAAUCCAAUCGAGAAUUGCCGAGCCAUCUUGCCUGGCCGACGGAGCCGCUGUCUACUCUCAUCUAUGACGCGCAGAACGACAAUACGACGCGACUCUUGGCUCUCAGAUGUCUUGCGUUGCAGAAUGGGAUGAGCGAGGGGGAGCGGGAGGAGUUGCAGACACAGCUAUUUCCAUGGGACGUGGAUUGUCCUCUGUUAUGGGAAGGAAAGGAAGUUGACGGGUGGCUCAUGCCUGUGUUCGAGGCCCAGCGCCUCCAGGAGCUGCGGAAAUGGGAUGCAACAGAGUUCGACCAUGAUCACGAGGAGAUUCCGCUCAGCCCCCGCAUAGCUAAUGUAUCUGGCAUAUUACUGCUGCGAUCCAAUUCCAUGCCUUCACCGCCGUCUGCACUGGUCCCGACAGCCACCACUUCUACAGCCCUACGGUCGCUGGCGCUGAAUAUCAGACACCGCCAGCCCACACUACUGACAUCUCCGCCUUCGUCUGGCAAAUCUCUGCUGCUUACCCAUCUGUCCUUGCUGCUUCACACGACGCUGAUACCUAUCCAUCUCUCCGACACGUCUUUGGACGCGCGGUCGCUGCUAGGGUCGUACAUGUCAUCACCAACGCAACCGGGCACAUUUGAAUGGCGCGAUGGCGCGCUGGUCCGUGCCAUGCGACAAGGGAAAUGGAUCGUUCUCGAGGACAUCGACCGGGCGACAUCCGAGGUGCUGGGUGUGCUCAA